GUGCGGGGCCCGCAGCCCGCCGCGGAGCUGCCGCGCACCCUCCCGGCGGAGCACGAGGGGGAAAGAGGAGGAUCCAGCGAGGCAGCGGCUGCCGGUAGCGGUGGGGCGGGCACAUCGCUGGGGAGCUAAAUCGCGGCUGCGGGCAGGGAGAGGGAGCCCACUCUGGAGCCCUGGAGGCAGAGGUACCCUGGCUGCAAGGGGCUGGAGGGGAGGAGGAAAUCCAAUGUAGCCAAAUCUUUGUCGUUCUGCUAAAUAAUCAAGUACCGAAGGCAAACCUUAGGGAGGAAAGGUAGAGAGAUGGAGCCUACUGUUUUGGAUGCCGGCUUGAAUUUUUUGUUUACUUUUCGGUUUUAGCCGCUGCUAAAUGUGGAUUUUGGGAGAGAACCCGAUGGCGGUUGUUCCGUUGUUCCUUAUUUGAAUUAAAUCUUAGUUCUGCUGCUUGUGGAUUAUUUUUUAUUUAUUUAUUUUUUUAAAAGGACCUUUCCAGGUAGCUGAAAAAAUGAAGCCUUUGUAUUUUGCAAUCAAUUAUACCUAAUACUGACGUUGUGUUGGGUACAAGAGACUUGUAAGUGCUGCCUCACUCAGAGGACCAUUAAAGACUUUCUUUUUCGCUCCAUGUAGCUGAAUGUGUUACGACACAUCUUUUCUCUCCCCCCCAAUCUUCCGAGAGAUUUUUCCAAAAUGAAGAAAUUUAAUUUUCGCAAAGUUUUGGACGGUUUAACUGCUUCAUCCCCUGGAGGAAGCAGUGGUGGUGGCAGCAGUGGUGGAAGUGGGGCUGGUGGAGGCUCCAUGCACCCAGGAGGGACUGCAGGAGCUGCAGGGACACCCAGAGAAGAGAUCCAGGAGACGCUGACUUCAGAUUAUUUCCAGAUCUGUAAGACGGUUCGCCAUGGCUUUCCUUACCUACCCACUGCCUUAGCUUUUGAUCCAGUGCAGAAAAUCCUGGCAAUUGGAACAAGGACAGGAGCCAUACGAAUAUUGGGCAGGCCUGGUGUUGAUUGCUACUGCCAGCAUGAAAGUGGUGCUGCAGUUCUGCAGCUGCAGUUCUUAAUCAAUGAGGGUGCUUUGGUCAGUGCAAGUGCAGAUGAUGCACUUCAUUUGUGGAAUCUCCGACAGAAGCGACCGGCUAUCCUGCAUUCUCUGAAAUUUAACAGGGAAAGGAUUACUUACUGCCAUCUACCUUUCCAGAGUAAAUGGCUCUAUGUUGGAACAGAGAGAGGAAAUACACACAUUGUAAAUAUCGAGUCCUUCAUUCUUUCUGGAUAUGUUAUCAUGUGGAACAAGGCAAUAGAACUAUCCACAAAGACUCACCCUGGGCCAGUUGUACAUUUAAGUGACAGCCCAAGAGAUGAAGGGAAACUGUUGAUAGGCUAUGAAAAUGGAACUAUAGUAUUCUGGGACUUACGAUCUAAAAGAGCUGAUUUAAGAGCUUAUUAUGAUGAGGCUAUUCAUUCUGUUGCUUGGCAUCAUGAAGGAAAACAGUUCAUGUGCAGUCACUCUGAUGGCAGCUUGACCCUAUGGAAUCUGAAAAGUCCUAACAGACCAUUCCAGACCACGAUUCCACAUGGAAAAAUUCAAAGAGAUGGAAAAAAACCUGAAUCUUGUAAACCAAUUCUGAAAGUAGAGUACAAGACCUGUAAAAACAGUGAACCAUUUGUGAUAUUUUCUGGUGGAUUGUCAUAUGAUAAGGCGUGUCGAAGACCAAGUUUAACAAUCAUGCAUGGGAAAGCAAUUACAGUUCUUGAAAUGGAUCAUCCUAUAGUUGAUUUUUUAACUCUUUGUGAAACCCCAUAUCCAAAUGAAUUUCAAGAACCCUAUGCUGUAGUUGUGCUUUUGGAAAAAGACCUCAUUGUUGUUGACCUGACACAAAGCAAUUUUCCAAUCUUUGAAAAUCCAUAUCCUAUUGACAUUCAUGAGUCACCUGUUACCUGCACAGAAUAUUUUGCGGACUGUCCUCCAGAUUUGAUUCCUGUGCUCUAUUCUGUAGGAGCAAAACAUAAAAAGCAAGGAUACAGCAAUAAGGAAUGGCCUGUCAGUGGUGGAGCAUGGAAUCUUGGAGCUCAGACAUAUCCUGAAAUCAUUAUUACAGGCCAUGCAGAUGGAUCAGUAAAGUUUUGGGAUGCUUCUGCCAUUACUCUACAGAUGUUGUACAAAUUAAAAACAUCAAAGGUCUUUGAAAAACAGAAAGUGGGAGAAGGAAAAGCAACGGCUGAGAUUGUGGAAGAAGACCCAUUUGCUGUUCAGAUGAUGUACUGGUGUCCUGAAAGCCGAAUUUUCUGUGUGGCAGGAGUUUCUGCCUAUGUGGUUGUUUACAGGUUCAGCAAACAUGAAGUAAAUACUGAAAUUGCAUCAUUAGAGGUACGACUUCAGUCUGAAGUAGAAGAUAUCAUUACUCCUGAACCAGAAAUGAUUCCUUCAUUUCCAGAUGCCUCCUCCCAGCUUCCUUCUUUAAAGAGCCUUUCAGGCAGUACCAACACUGUCACAUGUGAAGGAACGAUGAAGGAUAGCAUCCCAUGUCUUAGCGUGAAGACUCGUCCUGUGCGAAUGCCUCCUGGAUACCAAGCAGAUCUUGUUAUUCAGUUGGUGUGGGUGGAUGGUGAGCCUCCACAGCAGAUUACCAGUCUUGCUGUUAACUCUGCUUAUGGACUAGUGGCAUUUGGAAACUGCAAUGGUUUGGCUGUUGUGGACUUUAUGCAGAAGACAGUACUACUGAGCAUGGGAACCCUUGACCUAUAUGGAUCAAGUGAUCCAUACCAACGUCAACCCCGUUCACCUCGCAAAAGCAGGCAAUUUGCUGCAGACAACUUUUGCAUGCGUGGCCUGUCUAACUUUUAUCCAGAUUUAACGAAACGGAUCCGUACUUCCUAUCAGAGCCUGACUGAACUCAGUGACAGUCCAGUUUCCCUGGAGCUAGAGCGUUGCAAGUCUCCCACUUCAGAUCACGUGAAUGGUCACUGUACAAGUCCAACAUCCCAGAGCUGCAGCUCAGGAAAACGACUUUCCAGCGCAGACGUCUCCAAAGCAAACCGGCGCGGGCCGGGGCGGCCCCCCUUCAGGAAAGCACAGUCUGCAGCCUGCAUGGAGAUUUCUCUCCCCGUCACCACAGAAGGUCACAUUUCCAGACGGGCAAUGCUUCAGCAAUUACAUCGAAUCAGUAAAUUCUCACACGACGAGCGUCACUAUACUGCUCACACAUGGAUGAACAAAGAAAAUAGGGAGAACUCCUUCAGCCGUUCCCGAAGCUCCAGCGUGUCCAGUAUCGACAGGGACUCCAAGGAGGCAAUUACUGCUUUGUACUUCAUGGAGUCCUUUGCCCGAAAGAACGACUCUGCUGUCUCCUCAUGUCUCUGGGUUGGAACGGGCCUUGGUAUGGUCUUAAUCCUGUCCCUUAAUCUGCCUGCUAGUGAUGAGCUACGGCAGUCAGAGCCGGUCAUGGUGUCACCAAGCGGCACAGUUCUGACACUGAAAGGAGCUGUGCUGACCUUCGCGUGCUUGGACUGCAUGGGGACAUUGACGCAUCCACCGUAUGAAGUAUGGAGGGACCCACACAGUGCUGAUGAUGGUGAAAAGACAAGGAGAAGGAAGCUUGUCAUGCAUUCCCCUUCCUCCUCCCAGGACAUGGGUGAUCAUCAAUUUGCGGUCAUUUGUUCAGAAAAACAAGCCAAAGUCUUCUCAUUGCCUUCCCAAACAUGUCUUUAUGUCCACAACAUCACCGAAACGUCCUUUUUAUUGCGAGCAGAUGUGGUCACCCUCUGUAACAGCGUCUGUCUGGCGUGCUUUUGUGCCAAUGGGCACAUCAUGACACUGAGCUUGCCCAGCCUUCGCCCACUGCUGGAUGUCAACUACUUGCCAGUAACAGACAUGAGGAUAGCACGGACCUUUUGUUUCACUAACGAAGGGCAGGCUUUGUAUCUCAGCUCUCCCACAGAGAUCCAGCGCCUGACUUACAGCCAGGAGAUGUGUGACAAUCUGCAGGACAUGCUGGGGGAUUUGUUUACUCCUGUGGAAACCCCAGAAGCCCAAAACAGAGGCUUUCUCAAAGGACUUUUUGGAGGAAGUGGACAAGCUUUUGACAGAGAGGAGCUUUUUGGCGAGGCCACAGCAGGAAAAGCCUCUCGCAGUCUUGCCCAGCACAUCCCUGGAUCGGGUGGGAUUGAAGGUGUGAGAGGUGCUGCAGGAGGCGUCAUUGGGGACUUGACUCGUGCACGCAUUGCCCUUGAUGAGAGAGGACAGAAGCUGGGAGAGCUGGACGAAAGGACUGCGAGCAUGAUGGCCAGCGCCGAGGCGUUUUCCAAGCAUGCACAUGAGGUGAUGCUGAAAUACAAGGACAAAAAGUGGUACCAGUUUUAGACUUUCACGGAAGCUACUUGUGGCUUUAAGAACACUGUUCAGGGAAGCAGCAGUCAUUCCCAAAUCUACCAGUCACUGGCCAGAGACAGGUUUUUUUUUCUCCUAGAAGAUGUUUUCCUGUUACUAUUAUUGGAUUCAUCGCAGUGGGAGUCAAGGAGCAAUGUUACAGACCAUGAGAUGGAAGCUGAAAUGACGUGGCUCUUACUCCAGCAGCUGGCUCAUGCGGUAGACAAUUUUAUCCCGAAAGCAUCACUGUGGCAUGUAGUUUCUCAGAGGUAUGAACUGUGGGGAGUGCAUCUGGUUGAAAAUACUCUGUACAAACUCCAAUGUUAAUGCACUUAGUUAUAAACCUUUGCAUGAGUGACAUCUUAAAAAAACAACAAAAAAAGAGAAAUAGAAAGCAUGUUGUGACUGAAGACAAAUGGGAUUUAUUUCUAUUCCGAGACAAAAAAACAACCCCAAACCAAACACUUAAAUGGCAAAAAUCUUUAUUUUUUAAAAGUGACAUUACAAAAAGCCAGUACAUUUCAAGCAUGUUUGCUAUUGUUUUCAACAUCAUAAUGAGUUGAGCUGCAUUUUCUUACCUAUCUGCUAUUUAUUUCCCUUGAAAACCCUUGUUUGAAAUCAGUGCUCUCUAACUCCUACCAAAA